CAGCAAGUCCUUGCACACCGAAAUCUGCCCCGCGCCCAGACAGAGCUGCACUUUUUUUUUCCCUUGCUGCUGAUCCCACGAUUAGACCAACCGACCGAUUCACGACUGUGACGACCGCUGUGAUAGUUUGACCGUUUAUUUCGACCAAAGAGCAAUAUAGACGAGAAGGCCAUAGCUGCUACGCUGCUACGCAACCCCUCUCCUCCGUCAACGAACCAGCUCGAGCAACACCCACACAGAGGAACAAUAUCAGAGGAUAAAGGAGAAAGAAAAGAAGCAAGACAGCAAAUAUAAUCGUUCACCAUGUCUGCCAAGGUCCCGCGCAACUUCCGCCUCCUGGAGGAGCUCGAAAAGGGCGAAAAGGGCCUCGGCGCCGAAGCCUGCAGCUACGGUCUCGAGGACGGAGAGGACCUGCUCAUGUCCAACUGGAACGGCACCAUCCUGGGACCUCCUCAUUCGGCCCACGAAAACCGCAUCUACAGCCUCAAGAUGCACUGCGGCGAAAAGUAUCCCGACGAGCCCCCGACCAUCCAGUUCGUCAGCCAGAUCAACCUGCCCUGCGUCAACCCCCAAAACGGCCUCGUCGACCCCAAGCAGCUGCCCUGCCUGGCGCAGUGGAAGCGCGAGAACACCAUGGAGACGAUCUUGAUUGAACUGCGAAGAUAUAUGGCUGCUCCCGCAAACAAAAAGAUUCCUCAGCCUCCCGAAGGCUCGACGUACUCAUAAAACCCGCAAGAAGCUACAAAGGACGGCCCGGGAUGGGAGAGGGGAAGGAAAAGAGACGUUCAAUAGAUGAUGAAGUGGACAAAAAGCAAAAGCAAGAGC